CUUCCAUGCAACCCAGUGACCCUCACGUCACCUUAUUCAACGUCAACGAUUUCAAGCUUAGGUGCUGGAAAAUCCUGACCACCUCAGUUCAUCCACUCCUGCCAGGCGCUAAGGUACCUACCUGAAGUUACCUAAGUUACCUCAUACCUUCCUGUGCAAGCCAUACGCAGCCCGGGCAACUUGCCUCAGGCCGCACGAAGAGCCUGAUAGGCAAUCACGCACUCCCCUCGAUCGCUCCGGCCCCCGCUUUCGAUUUUCGCUCGUUCACGAUCAGAGGGGAGAAAGCCCGAGGUUGUAUUUUAUUUCAUUUCGUUUCGUUUCAUUUCAUUUCAUCAUAUUUUGUUUAUUAUUACCGGGGAAAAAUUCAACAGUUCAAACACUACGAAACCAUUGAACGCUGCCCCAAACGAUGCCAGCCGGGGCGGCCGAUACGGAGCCGACUCGUCGCAGGCUGCGCAGGGGCACGUCAAGCUGCCACGAAUGCCGGCGCCGCAAAGUCCGCUGCGACUUUGAUCCCGGCUCGGCCGGAAGCUGUACCCCCUGCCGCAGGCGGAGACUAGAAUGCGUCCCACAGCUCAAGCAGGCGUUCGACUACGACGUUAGCACCACGAGCCGAUACCGCAAGGUGCGCCAGCGCUUAGUCCGCCUCGAAGCCCUGGUGGACCAGCUCUUGAAGCAGGUUCAGCAACCUGCGGCAGCAGCUUCCUUCAGUGCCAGGGCCAAGAACGGGCCCAAUGCUGAGGCACUUACUAAAGUCCCCAGAGGCAGCCGUGUCUCACCCGCCAGAGCUGCCGCCCGUCAGAGAACCAUCAGUAACGGUGACUCGGGGUGUACGAGUACCGCUCAACUUGUUGCACCCGCACACGCACAACAAACCGCGAUCAAUACAAGAAACACCACGACUACCGCUAAUAUUACAAAGAGUAGCGUCGCUGCCAGCCUCGACGCCUUGACCCAAUUUCUCCGUAGCCUCUUUCCUCCACAAGAGGUCGUUGUCCUUAUCGUAGCCCGCGGAGACCCUCCGGGGUCGCCGCUGCGGAAAUACCGACAGGUUAAUGGUUUCCUGAUGGACGAUGCUGCCGCCAACACAACCUUCACCACCACCGCCACCGCCACCGCCACCACCACCACCAACAACAACACCAACAACAACAGCCACAACAGCCACAACUACGAUCAAGAACAAGGCCAAUAUGACGUGAUACUGUCGCCAAAAGCAGCAGCAGCAGCAGCGCAUCCGCUCAUCUUGGCUCGCAAGCUGGUCGAGCUUGCCAUCUGCUUGCAGCAGCUAGCCCAUGAUGACAGCAACGGCCCUGCCCACGCCGCCGCGGCAGCCCGCUUUGUCGACGCGGCGUCCCGACAUGUCACAUCCAGCGUUAACGAUCGUCUCCUCAGCUGCAUCGAUGGCAUCGAGCUGCUCAUGCUCGAGGGCGUGUAUCAUGUCAACAGGGGUGACUGGCGUCACGGGUGGCAAACAUUCCGCCGCGCGCUCAGCAUCGCGUCCGCGCUGGGUCUCGGACGGGCGUCUCAUAACAACGAAUCCGGAAAUGGCCGUAGUAAUGGUGGCAGUGUGCUCUCCAACAAGGCCGAGGUCGAGCGGGUCUGGUUCCGCCUAGUGUACAGCGACCGGUACAUGUCGCUGAUACGCGGCGUACCCCAUGCGGUCACCGACGACAGCUCGCUGGGUGCCAUGGACGGGACCGACCUGCGACGGCUCGAGCGCGUCCAUGCCGUCGUCACAGGCCGGAUUGCCUCGCGGAACGAGCAGCUUCGCCUCGCCGGGUUCUGGGGCGGCGGCGUGCCAGACAAGCAGCAGGCGGAUCAGGCGUAUCGGGAGACCCUGAACAUCGACGACGACAUGAAGCAGGCCGCCUAUCUCGUCUCGCCCGAGACCUGGAGGUUGCCGGUUCCGGCAGUCAAUCCGACGCAGCCGCCGCUUCCCCCCACCCCAGCCGAGAUCAAGCAGACUACGGCGCGGCUGUUUAUCCAGCUCAAGCACUUCCACCUCCUGGUGCUCCUGCACUUCCCAUACUUUAUGCACAGCCUAGACUGCCGCCAACUUUCGUCACCGUCUUCAUCGUCGUCAUGGGCCCGAGGCAACCGCUCAUACAGCAUAUCGGCGGCCGUGCACGCGGGGCGCGAAGUGCUCUCGCGUUUUCUCAUUUACCGCGCGUUGCGACAGGUGCCCCUCUUUUACCGUGGCUUCGACCUAAUGGCGGUGACGGCGGCGGUGGUCCUGCUGCUCGCACACCUCGGCGGCGGCGGCGGCGGCGACGCCCUCGAGCAUCAGCGCCCCGGCCACCUGCAGAUGGUCUCUCAAGCGGCCGCCUGCUUCGAGUCUAUGGACGCGCGGGGGACCGACCCGGCAAGCCGGUCCGCCGCGCGGCUCCUGCGGGCUCUCGCCGCGGCCGAGAGGGACGUCGCCACGGCGCGGAAGACCGGGCCGGGGCGUCAAGGCGAGUCCCUGCUCUGGCGCGAGGACGGCCCCGUCGGCGGGGAUGUGACGUGCGGUGUGAUCGAGGAGCCGGGCGGACGUCGGUUUACGGUGCCGCACUUUGGCGUUAUACAUGUCGUGAGGUGGCAGGGAGCCAUGGCCGCGUCACAGAUCAUCAUGCCCCAGGUGAAGCACCAUGAUAGCUGGGGUACCAGGACGACUGAGCAACAGUGGCCGCAGCAGGAGGGGCAGCAGGAGGGGCAAUUUGGACUUGCAGGCACAGAACCGAUUUUUGAUCUCCCUAGGGCGUAAUUAGCAGAUGCGGUAUCAUUGCAUGUUCCCAACGUUCGCUGGGUGUUUUUGGAACCGGUCAGGAAGGUGUCUGCAUCUACAGAUUCAAGGUACGUGACGAUCAAGCAUUGCGGUUCGUCUGGCUAAUAGGUGC